AUUUAUAUCUUUUCUUUAUUUUUCAUUAUGGCCAUCUUUCUUUAUCUCUUCUUACCUUUUUCUGACUUUUUUGGACUCUGUGAACCCUAAUUAAUUAUCUUUUUUGAUAAAGCAGUUAUUAUUCAUCAUAAGAAAUUGACAGUUGGAUCGAAGCAAAUAUGCACAAAUUGAAGCAUGUCUUUCAACGGUCGCAAAAAUCGCAGACCGAAGAGAAUAGGCGAUCUCAACAGUUUGUGAAGCGACAUUCUGCCAUUGCAACAACUACACUGAAUAGAUCAGCGUCAAUAAUUGCAACAGCUACGACAAGAAGCCAUAAACACCAAGACAAUAUCAGUAAUAUUGACAAUUGGUUGACAACAUCACCUUCAAUUGACGGCGCCGAAUUGUCCGAUAAUGAACGAAAAACAUAUGAGUCUUGGUGGAAAGAUUUUGACCCUUUUGACUUGGGCAAAGUCAGUAACCAUGCGCUGUUUAAGUUCUUGAAUGGAUGUAGCUUACCCGACGAGAAAUUAGAGCAAAUUUUAGCUUUAUUCAAAACAUCCAGUAUAGAGGAACAUGGACUGGAUAGGUUACAAUUCUUUGCCCUACUCAGAUUGGUUGCGCAUGCUCAGAAUGGUCGUAAGGUCAGUAGAGCCCUUGUUUAUCUUGGAGCACCUAUACCGCGAUGUAAUAUUAAACCAUGCAAUACGUUACGAAUGGAAGAUGUAUUUAAACAUCAUUCUAGUCAAAAGUCAUUUUAUUUUGACAAUGGUGAGAAAGGGCAGGAUGACAAUUACAAGAACCAUAUCUUUGAUGUGAUACCAAAUAAUACAAUUGUAUCACAGUGCGAAGAGCAUCAAAAACGCCCAAUUAAUAGGCAAUCUUGGUGGAGCAUCACUAACAGCAGUGGCAGCUUUAGUAGUAGCAAUGGCUUUAUUAACAAUAAGCCAUCACUGCAGCAAAACGGAAACCGUCGCUCUUAUAAUGGCCCAUAUACCACGAAUACCUCCAUACCCAAUAAUGCACAUUUUUCACCUAACCUUCUUCCGCAUGAUACUAAUACUACUACAUUUAUUACCACUACAUCUAAUAAUACACUGAUCAGUUCUCCUAUUGUUAAUGCCACCGAUAAUAAUAGCAGCACUUUGCAAAUGAUGGAUUAUUUCAAUACACUUGCACCCUUGAGUGAUAACUCUACCAGUAAAACUAAAUUGCUGUCACCUCCUAUUACUUAUCAACAGCAGGAAAUGCUACCUUGGACGCAAACAGAUAUGUCAGAAAUUAAUGACUUGGAAGCAAAGCAGCGACAGAAGAAGCUUUGAAAAGCCCUUUCGAUGAUAAUAAUAAUGUAUUCCCAACUUCCAUCAAUACCAAACCAAACACCUACCAUAUUCCUCCGCCACCUGUACCUGCGCAAGCUACAAAACCUGCAUUUCCUAAAUAUGCAAGAAGAUAUACCAGUACUAACAAUGUCAAUAUAAGACGAACUCAGAGUACAAGAGAACCAACUACGACCAGUAGUAAUUUUGUCAACCAUUCACAACAUCUAAAGCACAGAUCAGCAAGUAACGCAUUUGAUAU